AGCACAAUAAUCUGUGUUUCAGUUUUUUUUUUUCAAUUUAGGUGAAGAGUUUGGCUGGAUUGAGUUGCGGCGUACUUGAUUUAGUUCAAUACAGUUCCGUUAGGUUUCGCAACAAAGGAAAUUCUGUAGCUAGUCAGGCAGGGUGGGGGUGAUGAUUGAUCCGUAACCAUGAGCAUUGAUAUUUAUAUGCGUUCAUGGGCAGUGCCGAUAGUAAAAAAUUGUCCGAGAUUAUUGACUUAGUGAAAUCAUGGAUUCCAAGCAGGGCAAAGCCUGCAAACAUGUCAAGAGAUUUCUGGAUGCCAGAUGAGAGCUGCAUAGUUUGUUACGAGUGCGAUUCGCACUUCAAUGUUUUCAACCGCAAGCACCAUUGUCGGCUGUGUGGGCGGGUUUUCUGUUCUAGGUGCACCACAAACACUAUCUCAGCUCUUUCUGACGAGCCAAAGAAUGGGAGUGGGGAUGGGGAUAAGAUUAGGGUUUGUAAUUACUGCUUCAAGCAACAUUCAGAUACUCGUGAUAAUGUGAUGUUUGCAUCAAGUUCUGGACUCGGUCCAUCUCCCUCGUCGGCGAGUUUGGUGAGCACUCCUCAAUCUAGUUGCAGUAGUGCUGGUUCAUCUCGAUGUUCUACAGGGCCUUUCCAGCACGUUUCUAAGAGCCCUUGUCAGUCCGAAGAGAUGGAUUCGGUGUCGGGAGAGAAAGAACAUAUAAGGAGCCCCAGAAAAGUUGAUUGCCUUGAUGCAAGGGAGGCUUUGAGUGAGCAGUUUGAAUCUUGCAGCAGGAGUGAUGAAGAGGAGGACGAAUACUCUGUAUGCAGAUCACAUUCUGAGGCCACUCCACCAAGUCCUUCUGACAUGGGCUACGGUCCUAUCAACUAUUGUCAGAUUGAUCACAUCUAUGAUCCACAUGAAGUACACUCUAAUGAGGAAAAUACACACCCAACUUGUAAUUUGCCUGAAAACAUUGACACACAAAGAUUUGACUAUGCAACAACGCUUGGUGAAGAAACACAUCUACUGGAGAAUCAUGUUCAAUCUUCAUCACCUCCUUUAAAUGAGCUGCAUGGUGCGGAUGUUGAAGCUAUGGAUUACGAAAACAACGUUCUUAUCUGGCUGCCACCAGAGCCUGAAGAUGAUGAGGAUGAGAAGGAAGCCCUUAUAUCUGACGACGAUGAUGAUGAUGGCGAAGAUGCCACAGGAGAGUGGGGUUAUCUACGCUCUAGCAGCUUUUCCUUUGGGGAGUGUCGAAGUAGGGAUAGAUCAAACGAGGAACACCGGAAUGCCAUGAAAGGAGUUGUUGACGGGCAUUUCAGAGCUCUGAUAACUCAACUUUUGAAUGCUGAGAACCUGCCUGCCAGUGAGCAUGCAAAUUGGUUGGAUAUCAUUACGACAUUGUCCUGGGAAGCUGCUACUCUUCUAAAGCCAGACACAAGCAGGGGUGGGGGAAUGGAUCCUGGUGGAUAUGUUAAAGUUAAGUGCAUACCUUGUGGGCGUCGAAAUGAGAGUACGGUGGCUAAAGGUGUUGUUUGCAAGAAAAAUAUAGCACAUCGACGAAUGGCUACAAAAGUUGAUAAAGCACGACUGCUACUGCUUGGUGGUGCACUGGAGUACCAACGGGUUGCUAACCACUUAUCGAGUUUUGAUACAUUACUACAACAGGAAAAGGACCAUUUGAAAAUGGCUGUUACAAAAAUUGAUGCACAUCACCCAAAUAUUCUUUUGGUGGAAAAAUCAGUUUCUAGACAUGCACAAGAAUAUCUUCUUGAAAAGAACAUAUCUCUGGUUCUAAACAUUAAGAGACCACUUUUAGAGCGUAUAGCUCGCUGCACUGGUGCACAAAUAGUUCAAUCAAUUGACAAUCUUUCUGCUCCAAAACUAGGAUAUUGUGACUCGUUUCAUGUGGAGAAGUUUCUGGAAGAUACUGGCACUGCUGGCCAAGGCGGAAAAAAGUUAACGAAGACGCUGAUGUUUUUUGAAGGUUGCCCUCGUCCAUUGGGAUGUACUAUUCUCCUCAAGGGUGCCAGUGUGGAUGAGCUGAAAAAAGUUAAGCACGUAGUUCAUUAUGGUGUUUUUGCUGCUUAUCACUUAGCACUAGAGACCUCAUUUCUUGCUGAUGAAGGUGCUUCUAUGCUACAACUCCCUUUGACGUCCCCAAUAAAAGUUGCACUGCCUGGUAAGCCCGCAGGCAUUGACCGGUCAAUCUCUACGGUACCUGGAUACAGUGCUCCUUCCCCUGACAAGCCUGAAGCGCAACAACAUCUCAGACAAGCAUUUCAGUCUACAAACGACUUUGAGCACUCAGACCCCAUUCCUUCUGAAGGUUCUAUUGCUCCAAAUAGCGAAUCUGAACUCAAAAGUGUGGAUGUUACCAGUUCAGGUACUGACUGCACAGGUCCCAGUGGAAGUUGUGUUGCUAAAAUAUUGGGUUAUCUUGAUGAAGUGGAAGGAAAUAAUAAAUUAGAUCAGAACCAAUUUUUUGAGUCUGAAGCUUCAGGACAAGGCUUCAGUUUAUCUCCUGGCGGAGAUAAAUUACCUUCAAAUUUGGACAGUUCUGAGUUGGUACCUCUGGAACAACAUAACACCGAUCACCUUUUGGAAUUGAAUGAAGAGUUUCCUCCCUCACCAUCUGAUCAUCUGAGCAUUUUGAUCUCUCUUUCGACAAGGUGUGUGUGGAAAGGAAGUGUAUGCGAGCGUGCUCAACUCUUUCGAAUAAAAUAUUAUGGAAGUUUGGAUAAACCUUUGGGUCGAUAUCUUCGGGACCAUUUGUUUGAUCAGGGCUACCGCUGUCGCUCAUGCGAGAUGCCAUCAGAAGCACAUGUUCAUUGUUAUACUCAUCAAGAAGGUAGCCUCACGAUUUCUGUAAAAAAGCUUGAAGAGUUCCUUUUGCCAGGUGAGAAGGAAGGAAAAAUUUGGAUGUGGCAUCGAUGCUUACGAUGUCGAAGGACGAAUGGUUUUCCUCCUGCCACAAAAAGAGUUGUGAUGUCAGAUGCUGCCUGGGGUUUAUCUUUUGGAAAAUUUCUGGAACUCAGCUUUUCAAACCAUGCUGCUGCAAGCAGGGUUGCCAGCUGUGGUCAUUCCCUUCAUAGAGAUUGCCUUAGAUUUUAUGGCUUUGGGAGGAUGGUUGCAUGUUUCCGGUAUGCUCCAAUCAUUGUUAAUUCUGUGUAUCUUCCACCCCUAAAGCUUGAAUUUAACUAUUACAAAGAGGAAUGGAUGCAGAAAGAAUAUGACGAGGUCUGCAGCAGAGCGGAUCUCCUUUUCAAUGAGGCGUUGGAAGUACUUCAUCAGAUUUCAGACAAGACGAAAGCAAUGGAAUCUUCUCAACAGAUUGCAGAACUGGAGCUGAUGCUUCAGAAGGAGAAAAAGGAAUUUGAGGAAUCAUUGCAGUGCAUUUCGAAAGAUAAAGUAAAAUCUGGCCAGCCAGAGAUUGAUAUUCUUGAGAUCAACAGACUAAAAAGGCAGUUAAUCUUUCAUUCUUACGUCUGGGACCAGCGCUUCAUCCAUGUUUCAGGAUCUAAUAUUCUAAGAUCGAGCAGUGUAAUAUUGAAGGAGAAGCCUAUCAGCUCUAAGGAGAAACGUGCUGAGAUGGAUAUCGUUUCCAGAUCUGGGAGAGGGUUCAGUAGCUGGAAUCCUUCUCUUGUAAAUAUGAUGCCUGACAAUAGUACUCUCCUAACUGAUGUAGAACCUAGUCCGAUCAACUCUCCUAUUGGAAUCCAUAAAGGAGCAGACAUUAAUCGGACCUUGAGCAGUAAACAAGGUACCAGCCAUCAUCAUUCUUCUGGCACUGAUUUGAGUAACCAAGCCGACAUUCCUGAAUUCGGGAAAACGGUGCGAAGGGUUCAAUCAGAGGGGCAGUUCCACGUGAUGGAAAAUGUACCUGAUAAUUUAGAUGCUGCAUGGACAGGGAAUCACGAGCCAGGAACCGAAGCUUCUAAAGACAGGCCCACUGAGUCUUCUUCUGGCAUUAAUUCAACAGCGGCAGAAUCUGUAAACGAUAGAUUUGUGGCUAAAGAUUCUUACCCUUUACGCUCUCCAUUGCCUGCAAGAGGGCCUAACGAUAUGGAAAAUCCAAGUAGCUGGCUGAGGAUUCCCUUUUCAACUUUGUAUCGGUCAUUCAACAAGAACUAUUCAACAAACGCACAGAAGCUUCGCAAGAUUAACGAGCACAAUCCUUUUUAUAUAUCAUCAUUGAGAGAACUGUUACAUCAGGGUGGUGCUCGUCUACUUCUACCUAUGUCUUCCUGCAACACUAUUGUGCCAAUUUACGAAGAUCAGGCUACAAGCAUCAUUGCAUAUACACUGGCCUCGCCAUAUUAUCAAAAAAUCAUGUCAGAGGAACCUGAAAGCCAGAAAGAAUAUUCUUUGAUUUCCUCACCUUCGUUCUCAAUAUUGGACUCGUUUAAUUUACUUUCUCUUCAUACUUUUGAAGACUCGCCCACUGAAUCCCUAAGGAGUCUUGCUUCUGAUGAUGAGAGCAUCUUGUCAUCUGGCUCUCGGAGUUUCUCUGGUUUGGACCCUAUUCUAAUUCAAAAUGCUUUGCAUGCCAGAGUAACUUUCUCAGAUGACGAUCCUUUAGGGAAGGUGAAGUACACCGUGACUUGUUAUUGUUCAAAGCAGUUUGAGGCAUUGAGAAGAAACUGCUGUGUGAGUGAGUUGGAUUACAUCCGCUCUCUUGGUCGCUGUAAAAAGUGGGGUGCACAGGGUGGUAAAAGCAACGUCUAUUUUGCCAAAACAUUAGAUGACAGAUUUAUAAUCAAACAAGUUACAAAGACUGAGCUAGAGUCGUUUAUUAAGUUUGCACCAUCGUAUUUCAAGUACCUAACCGAUUCGAUAAAUAGUGGAUGUCCCACUUGCCUUGCAAAGAUCUUCGGCAUUUAUCAGGUGACAUCGAAGCAUCUCAAAGGAGGAAAAGAAACGAAAAUGGAUGUGUUGGUAAUGGAGAAUCUUCUAUUCAGGCGAAAUAUAACUCGACUAUACGACCUCAAAGGGUCUUCUAGAUCACGGUACAAUCCAGAUUCAAGUGGAAGUAAUAAAGUUCUGCUCGAUCAGAAUCUGAUAGAGGCUAUGCCAACUUCUCCUAUUUUCUUGGGAACUAAGGCAAAACGUCUCUUAGAGAGAGCCGUGUGGAACGACACUUCAUUUCUUGCAUCAAUAGAUGUAAUGGAUUACUCGUUGCUUGUUGGCGUGGAUGAAGAAAAACAUGAGCUGGUGAUGGGGAUUAUUGAUUUUAUGAGGCAGUAUACGUGGGACAAGCAUCUCGAGACUUGGGUGAAGGCAUCGGGUAUUUUAGGUGGGCCCAAAAAUGCGUCACCCACAGUAAUCUCUCCGGUACAAUACAAGAAAAGGUUUAGGAAAGCAAUGUCUGCUUAUUUUCUAAUGGUUCCAGAUCAAUGGCCUUCUUCGUCGACGAUUCCUCCGAGUGGCUCGUGUGAAGAAAACUUGCAGGAUCGGGUUUCCCCAUAAUGAUGGGCACAAACUUUCAGGCUUGUACAUGUAAAUUUUUCUUUCUUUUGGUUAAUUGUUGUUGUUGUUGUUGUUCUUCUUCUUCUAUAGGUUCUUCAUCCUGCAUCCAUUUUGACCUUCAGUAAAGCUAAUAUACGAUAUAAUUGAAAUCAUCAAACU